AUGGUGCUCAACCUCUUUCGCGUGGCCGGGGAUUUCUCCCAUCUGGCAUCCAUCUUUAUCCUACUGCAUAAGAUUAUCCAGCUCAAGAGCUGCUCCGGCAUUUCAUUCAAGUCUCAGGUCCUAUACCUGAUUGUCUACGUCACAAGAUACCUAGAUCUCCCAUGGACACACUCGCCGUACAACUUCAUCUUCAAGAUCCUCUUCAUCUGCUCGCAGUUCUACACCAUCUACCUGAUGGCGCGCGAGUACAAGCCGACCAACGACGCCAACCUGGACACCUUCCGCGUGGAAUACCUCCUCGGAUUCGCGGUGGCGCUCGCGCUGCUCUUCCCCGUGCGGUACACGGUGCUCGAGGUGUUCUGGGCCUUCUCCAUCUGGCUGGAGAGCGUGGCCAUUCUGCCGCAGCUGUUCAUGCUGCAGCGCACGGGCGAGGCCGAGGCCAUCACCGCCCACUACCUCUUCGCCCUCGGCACCUACCGCGCCCUGUACAUCCCCAACUGGAUCUACCGCUACAUGACCGAGACCACCCACAAGAUUGACACCGUCGCUGUCGUAGCCGGUGUUAUGCAGACGCUACUGUAUAGCGAUUUCUUUUGGAUCUAUUACACCAAGGUCAUGAAGGGCGAGAAGUUUAAGCUGCCAGUUUAA